UCGCAGAUUGCCGCACAGCAGUGUUGUCAAAAAUAACGUUAUAGACUGAGCAGGAGCUAGCAAACUAGGCGGAAGUGGUUUUGGGUGUGUGCAUUUAUUCGGUUAACGUUACAUUUAGCUUUUAAAGAAGUGACACGUAAUUUAAUUCCCCUAUUGCCACUAAAAAGUUACGCUCACCAACACACUGGAAAAGGUGGCCUAUCUACUGGUGUUUCAUGUCUGCUUUGUGAUGUUCUCCUGGACCUACUGGAAGUCAAUAUUUACCCCUCCUGCAUCACCAUGCAAAAAGUUUCAGCUGUCAUACUCAGACAAGCAAAGGUACGAGAUGGAGGAGAGGCCAGAUGCUCAGAAACAAAUCCUGGUUGAGAUUGCAAAGAAACUGCCCAUCUUCUCCCGAGCUCAGUCUGGAGCUAUCAGGUUCUGCGACCGCUGCCAGGUACUGAAGCCUGACCGAUGUCACCACUGCUCGGUUUGUGAAACAUGUGUAUUGAAGAUGGACCAUCACUGUCCCUGGGUGAACAACUGUGUGGGCUUUUCCAACUACAAGUUUUUCCUGCUUUUCCUCUCCUACUCCAUGCUGUACUGUGUAUUCAUUGCAGCAACAGUCUUUCAGUAUUUCCUCAAAUUCUGGGUGGGGGACUUGCAAAAUGGGCCCGCAAAGUUCCACGUCCUCUUCCUCAUGUUUGUGGCACUAAUGUUCUUUGUCAGUCUCAUGUUCCUCUUUGGCUACCACUGUUGGUUGGUGGCCAAGAACCGAUCCACUUUAGAGGCCUUCUCAGCUCCAGUUUUUGUCAACGGACCAGACAGAAAUGGCUUCAAUGUUGGCGUACGCAGAAACCUGCAGCAGGUAUUUGGAGAGGAUAGGAGGCUGUGGUUCAUUCCUGUUUUCACUAGCCAAGGGAAUGGCCACUACUUCCCCCUGAAGAAUCGGAGUUCUGAGUCUCACAACCCCUUAUUAGCUAAUGAGGACAUGUGGGAGGAGUCGGACGAUGGCUCUGAGGAGGGAAGCUUGGCUGAGGACCGAGACCCCUCUGUAACAAUCGAGAUGGAGGAAUAAAAGUGAACGUAAGGACAUUUUACACUGGUAAAGAUGAUGUAGAUUAAUAUGGCACACACUGUGUACCAUGAGGCAAAUGCAUUCCAAGUCAUGUGGAUGUUAGACACUGGAAAAAAAAAUUCUGAAGGGGGCCAAACGUGUGGAUUAAAACCUGCAUUUGGAUUGUCAUUGCCACUUUUACCCGUGUGUUUUACAUAAUGAAGAACAGAGGAACUCAAUGGACAACCAGUAGCAUCACCUCUACUCUCCUUGACAACCGUAUCAGUUUGAUUCAGAAAAAAAAAAGGUCAAAAUAUACCGUCAAAUAUUACCUCACAUACAAAAAGACAACGGUUAUUUACCGUGGGUCAUUUAUAUACAGAUAUAUAUACAUAUAUCCCUCUGGUUGUUCAAGGCACUGGCCUCUGUGGGAUUAUAAAUUGCUGUUAACUGGGAAGUUUCUGUCAGGCACUGUACUGCUUUAUAGGCCUCUGGUUAAUUGUUCGGCUGUGAUUUCACAGUGUUUAGCCUUAGAGCUCAGUCUGUUCAGAGUGGUGUCUAAACUGACCCCUAUCUGACCCCUCUUGUAGUGACUCAGCUGUCUGUACUCUACCAGUUUAAGUCUUGCAGCAUAUUAAAAUCAGAUUUUACUUUACUUCUUUCAACGAAUAUAAGCAUAUUAUAAUACCUGACUUACCCUCCGCCUUAUUAAUAUAUUUAUUCUUGUGUUUUGGGAGUCCAUUUCUCCUGAGAAUGUAUCCAGCACCCUGCUUGUAAAUAGACCGUGCCAACAUUUUGGGCACCUAUUUACGAUAGAUCCUCUCAUAUUAUGCUUUGAUGGAGUAUUAAACCAUUAAUAUUGAGUUAAAAUGCCAGUACCAAUGUCUAAUCAGACUGGGGAUGGUAAUCAAAACAGAACUAGCAUAUAUUUGUAGCUUUGGUUCACAGCUACAGUCUGUUAUGUUGCUGAAAUCUCAACCAGAGUAUUAUAACAUUUGUCAUAUCUUGAAUAUACUGUAUAUCAUGACUUAAAUGAUGUUGGCUACAUUGCUGUUUAACACAAAUACAGUAAUCAGCUUGAUUUUUAAAAGGGUAGUUUGGAUUUUUUAAAAAGUGGGAUUGUAUGAGGUAUUUAUCCAUCGUCAGUGUAUUACUUAGAGUGGAUGGUGGUCAGCAUGCCCCCAGUUGGGAGAAACAGGCAGGAGUACCGGCACAGAAGCUAAGCAAUGUACUGCUGUGAACCGGGGCAUCAGCAAAAAAAUGUUUUAGCCACCUAAAAAAUGGGUGACCAAAAAAAAUCCAUAUCAGUUUAUGCGUAUGCUGUAUUUAGACAUUUUAAAUGCUUUAGCUUGCUGUCACAGCUCUUCCGAUGGGGAACUAAAGUCAUCAUCUAUGCUUUCUUCAAAGCCACCAGACUCCAUUGACAAAAACAGUAAUUCUACCUUGCAGAACAUAGGAGUUGCUGAUUUACCACUGCUUCAAUCGGUUAGUUUGCCUGUGUUAUUGUGUGUUUGUUAAAUCUGAAUUCAGCUUUUAAAGCUUAUUAU